AUGCUCGGGUCCUUCGGCCCGCUGGACGCAUAUGCGAGCCACCCGUUCAACAUGCCCUCGCCGCCCGAGCCCAGCUCCCCCGCCGAGGGCCACUCCGGCCGCACCUCGCCGCCCGAUCCCUACUUCGAAAACCUGGCCUACUGGGACGCCUUGGCCGCGGGGCCGACGGCGGAGAGCCCCGACGACUACCGCCCCGGCGGCUACCAUCCCGUCGCUAUCGCCGACCGCUUCCGCGACCAGCGCUAUCGCGUCGUCCGCAAGUUGGGCUGGGGUGGCUCCUGCACCGUCUGGCUGGCCCAUGACCAACAGCUCGAUCGCCAUGUGGCCCUCAAAGUGACCAGAGCAUCAGAAGCAUACACUCAAGUGGCCCAGAAUGAGAUCAAGCUCCACCAGCGCGCCGCCGCGGCGAAUCCGGCCCAUCCCGGGCACGCCCAUGUGGUCGCACUGCUCGACCACUUCACCCACGAGGGCCCGAACGGCACGCAUACCUGUCUGGUCUUCGAGCCGCUUGGCGAGGACCUUGCGGCGCUCAGCCGGCGGCUCGGCCGGAACGGGAUGCCCGCGCCGCUCGUCCGGCAGAUCGGCCGGGACGUCCUGCGCGGCCUGGACUACCUCCACCGCGAAUGCGGCAUCGUCCACACCGCGCUCAAGGCCGAAAACGUCCUCGUCGCCAUCCCCGACGUCCAGCACCUCAUCCGCGCCGAGCUCCAAGAGCCUCUCAAAACCGCCCAGGACACCAACACUUCCUGGCCCCUCCUCGCACCCCACAUCCAAACCUCCCGCCCCGAAAAUCACCCGCAGCCCGACUACAGCCCCGUCGACGUCAAGCUUUGCGACCUCGGAAACGCCCCCGCGCCCGCCGCCGCGGAUCCAAGCGUCUGGCUCCAAACCGCGGCCUAUCGCAGCCCCGAGGUGAUCAUCGAGGCGCCGUGGGACCGCCGGGUGGACAUCUGGAGCGUCGGCUGUCUGAUCUUCGAGCUCUUGGCCGGGAGCCACCUCUUCCACACUCCGGCCGAGUAUAACCGCGACGAUCAUCUCAGUCAGAUCGUCGACUUGUUGGGCAAGUUUCCGACUCACAUGAUCACGGCCGGGAAGUAUAUUCCCAUGCACAUCUACGAUAUGGAGAUCAUGAAGAAGAUGCAGAAGAUGGAGGACUGGUGUCUGCGCUCGAUGAUGGCCUUCAACGGCUUCGACAGCGAGAUCAUCGGGUGCUUGGAGGCCAUCUUGAUCGUCGACCCCGCCAAGCGUCCCGACGCGCGACAGAUCCUCGACGACCCAGACAACUGGCUGGGCCCUGAGAAAACGGAGUGA